AUGUUGUUUUUAAAAUACUCUCAACAUUCUUUUUUACAACAUAUUAUAAUAUGUUUGAUUUUACUUACUUUAGUAGUACGUUCGGAUAAUGAAACAGUUGAUGGUUUUUUUAGUCGUGGUGGACAUACCAAUAAUUGGGCUGUGCUGGUUUGCACUUCACGUUUUUGGUUUAAUUACAGACAUAUUGCCAAUACGCUAUCAAUGUAUCGUACAGUAAAACGUUUGGGUAUUCCGGAUUCUAAUAUUAUUUUAAUGUUAGCUGAUGAUGUUGCGUGUAAUCCACGAAAUGUUUUUCCUGCCACGGUUUUUAAUAAUGCUGGAAGAUAUUUAGACCUUUAUGGAGAUAAUGUGGAAGUAGAUUACAGAGGUUAUGAAGUUACAGUAGAAAAUUUUAUUCGAGUUUUAACAGGUCGUGUUGAACCUGAUACACCUCGAUCCAAACGUUUAUUAUCUGAUGAUCGGUCUAAUAUUUUGGUAUAUAUGACUGGUCAUGGUGGUAAUGAAUUCUUGAAAUUUCAAGAUGCAGAAGAGAUUAGUAGUUUUGAUUUAGCAGAUGCUUUUGAACAAAUGUGGGAAAAACGAAGAUAUCAUGAAGUUUUAUUCAUGAUUGAUACUUGUCAAGCAAAUACAAUGUAUAGUCAAAUCUAUUCACCAAAUAUUUUAGCUACUGGAAGUAGUAAACUUGGUGAGAAUUCAUAUUCGCAUCAUAUGGAUUCUGAUAUUGGAGUUGCGGUGAUCGAUCGAUUUACAUAUUAUAAUUUAGAAUUUUUGGAAAGAAUAGAUAUGCAAAGUAAAGCAACAUUACAAGAUCUAUUUAAUUCAUAUAAUCCAACAUUAAUACAUUCAACUCCCGGAGUUCGUAGUGAUUUGUUUCGUAGACCUUUAGACAAGGUAUCGGUGACGGAUUUUUUUGGUAGUGUACAGAAUGUAGAACUUACUGGACAACAGUAUAAUCUAUCAAAUUCUGAUAUUGAUAUUGAAGAUUCUAUUUAUUCUUCAACUUUGAAUAUGAUGGAUGUCAAGGAAAAUAUAGAUAAUAGAUAUAAGGUGUAG